AGUCAUCAAUUUUUCCCAAAUGUUAUGUCCAAAACAAGUACAAAUUGUGCCUGAAUAUGAAGGGGUCAAGGAGGAGCAUUAUGCUGACAGACUGAGUGACCGGUUGAGGAAGGAGGUGCUGGUUCCACUUCGAAAAGUGUUGGAGUUGCUUGAGGAGGUUUAUAUUGGUGCAAACAGGUGGGAUUCGAUUCCACAUAACAGAGUAGCCUCUGUAGCCAUGAAGUUUUACAAGGAGAAGUUCUUGAAGCUCGAUCCUGAAGGUUUCAAAAAGUACUUGGAAGAUGUUAAAUUCGGUUAAGAAACAAUCGCCACCGGUGCUUUGCUCCACCAUGAGAUUAUUAAAGCUUUGGAUGUUAA